UAAACCGGCGGCUAAUUUAGCCCCUCCCACGAGCCGGAGGGUCUGUUAUAUCUCUGUUCCUUGAGUACCUCUUUCACUGAGACCGACCACAGCAAGCAGAGGCUGAAAAAAAAAAAAAAAAAAAAAGAACAAAGAGGAAGAAAACAAAAGCUGCCAAUUAUGGAAGAUGUAAAGGAUUCUGGACUGAAGAGAUUUUGUUCCAGAAAUAUACUGAUCAUUCUUGGCUUCUCCUUUAUCAUGGCUGUGAUUGCUUUGAUCGCUGUGGGGCUGACCCAGAACAAACCAUUGCCAGAAAAUGUUAAGUAUGGGAUCGUGCUGGAUGCAGGCUCUUCUCAUACGACUUUGUACAUCUAUAAGUGGCCAGCAGAAAAAGAGAAUGACACCGGGGUGGUGAAUCAGGUAGAAGAGUGCAAGGUAAAAGGACCUGGAAUCUCAAAGUAUGCUCAUAAAAUACAUGACUUAGGCAUUUAUCUGACUGAAUGCAUGGAAAAAGCCAGGAAAGUGAUCCCAAUAUCCCGGCACCAAGAGACACCUGUCUACCUGGGCGCUACAGCAGGCAUGCGGUUGCUCAGACUUGAAAAUGAACAGUUGGCAGACAAGGUCCUGGCUAAGGUGACGGAGGUCCUCAGAAACUACCCCUUUGACUUCCAGGGUGCCAGAAUCAUCACUGGCAAAGAAGAAGGCGCCUAUGGCUGGAUUACUAUCAACUACCUGCUGGGAAAAUUCAUUGAGAAAUUGGGAUGGCUCAACCUGUUGCCAAAGGAAAGCAAUAGUCAGGAAACUUAUGGAGCUUUGGACCUUGGGGGAGCCUCUACGCAAAUCACUUUUGUGCCUCGAAACCAGACAAUUGAGUCUCCACAGAACGCUCUCUUCUUUCGUCUGUAUGGCAAGGACUACAGUGUAUACACACACAGCUUCUUGUGCUAUGGGAAGGAUCAAGCUCUCUUGCAGAAACUAACCAAGGGCAUUCUGGAUGAAAACGGAACCAUCAAGGACCCAUGCUUUAAUCGUGGAUACAGCAGGGUAAUGAACAUGAGUAACCUUUAUGACAGCCCCUGCACCAGGAAAAAUCUGAUGACUCUUCCAUACCAUCAGUUGCAAAUCCACGGCACUGGAAACUAUCAACAGUGCCAGGAAAGUGUCUAUAAACUCUUCAACACCAGUUACUGCCCUUACUCCCACUGUGCCUUCAAUGACAUUUUUCUGCCGCAACUUCAAGGACAAUUUGGGGCAUUUUCAGCUUAUUACUAUGUGAUGAAGUUUUUAAAUCUCACAUCAGAUAAAUCCUUCUCUCAGAAACAGAUGAUUGACACGAUGGAAAAGUUCUGCUCUCAGUCUUGGGAAGAGCUGAAGAUACAUUUUGGUGAAGUGAAGGAGAAGUACCUGAGUGAAUACUGCUUUUCUGGAACCUACAUUAUCGCUCUCCUUGAGAGGGGCUAUCAUUUCACACCUGAUUCCUGGAAGAAUAUUCAUUUCAUGGGCCAGAUCCGGAGCACAGAUGUGGGAUGGACUCUGGGCUACAUGCUGAACCUGACCAACAUGAUCCCUGCUGAGCAGCCGUUGUCCACACCUCUCACCCAUUCUACCUAUAUCUUCCUCAUGGUCCUCUUCUCCUUGAUCCUAGUCGCAGUGGUUGUCAUAGGCUUGAUUAUCUUUCGCAAGCCUUCAUAUUUCCGGAAAGACAUGGUAUAGCGGGAGCAGUUGAAAUCUGCUGGCUGGAGUGAGAAAAGAACUUGUCCAGGUAGCACUUUCCUCCACAGUGGUAUACAAGGUCAUCCUUCCUUGCUCACCAAGGCCAGUCUUGACCUGUAUGAAGCUUCCUUGGCUCUGCUGAAAUCUUUCCUUGGGAAGUAUUCACCACCUUCUGCCUCAAGGACUUCCCUGGCGGACAUUGUAUCUUUUGUGAGUCUUUCCCAACCACCACUCUCCCCCACUUAUUUUUUGUACUCUAUGCUUGUGUAGGUCUUAAAAACCUGCCACCUUUCAUGAUCUUUGCUUUAAAAAUAACAAUAUUGCCUUUGUCCAGAAGAACAGGGUCCUGAAUCCUGCACUGGGAAGUUGUGCUGGCUAAAAGAAGAAUCUCAGCUAUAUUCUUACAGACCCUUUCUCUCUUAUUUCCCAUUUAUUAAGAAAGCCAUACAAUGCCUUUGGAGAGGGCAGAUACACAUCCCAUUCCCAGCCUGCCUUUUGCAUGGGAGAAUUUUCUAGACUAGGCAAAUAUAUCCUAAGACCAAAGAGUCUUGCAAGGGAAUUUAUGUGCUUGUGCAGUUAAUAUACUACUAAAUCCAAUACAAAAACAGGGAUGUGGAUAAGUCACACAUUCCAGGGUGAUGCCAAAAUGCUACAGAGUGGAAUAUCCAGACCAGAGAUUCUUAAAAAGCUGAUGUACAUAUAGUCCUUCAGAUAUCAGGGCAUAUACUACAUGUAUACAUGUCAGGAAGAAUAAUAUAGUUACGAUGCAGGGUUAGGAAAUGCAUUCUCCACUGAAUUUACUGGGGUUUUGUUUUUAUUGAAGUAAAAGACGUGUAACAUAAAAUUCACCAUUUGAACAUGUACAAUUCAGUGGCACUGCAUUCACAAUGUUGUGCAACCAUCACUACUGUCUAAUUCCAGAAUAUUUUCAUCACCAAGAAAUUGGCCGGAGACAAGACCAUUCCUAGGUAGGUUCAAACCACUAACCUUUCCAUUAAUAGGCAAAUAUACUAACCAAGCACAACACAAAGAUGCUACCGAGUUUUAAAGCCAUGCGUUAUCUUGUGCCAGGGUUUACUUUCAUGAGAGAGCUGCAUUAGUGCAGUAUUGCAUGCCUUUUCACUGUCAUGGUAUUUAUACAUCAAAAUGUGCCAGGAACCAGAUCUGCAAGUGUUGAUGCCACUCCUGUCACACAAGUAUGGGUUCUAUUUACUUAUUCCAUGGAAUAUUUUGUGGGAGAAGUGGCGUCUAUGGAUCUUGUCAGGGGAAUAUGAAGAGACCCUGUACCUCCUUUCUUUAAGGAUUGGUGUAGGAUGGAGUGGUGAAGUAUUACUCUGACUUUGCCCCAGACUCUCCAUCUAUGGAUCUGGGGAGUGAGUGCUGAGCUGAUGUGGGGCAGAGGGUAAGCCCUCCCACAAACUAGAAGCCAAAUAUCCCUAUAUCUCUUGAAUAAUCAAGUCAUUUUUGACAAUAUCCAGGUGAACAUAAGUGUAAUAAAACUGUGGACAGGAACAUUUUCUUUUCUGAUGUCCACAACUGAACUUGUACCUUGAUCAGGAAUGAGAAGCCAAAUUAGGACAUGUUUAGUCUUUUCUAGUAGCUAGUAUUUAUGGAGCAUUUGUUAUAGCUAGUAUUUAUGGAGUAUUUGUUAUACUCAUGGGCAUUACACUCAUUUUCUCAUUUAAUCCUCACAAUAAUCUGAAGGUAGGCACUACCAUUCCACUUCACAGAAACAGCGAGUGAGGCUCAGAGAAGUUAAGAAGUUGCUCAAAUGGCUAAAGCUUGGCAUGCACUUAACCAUUAUUUUCUCUCCCAAAUAUAUACUAGACAGUCUCCUUAUAACUUCAAAGCAUGCACUUAACUCUGCAUGAAUACAGGGCUUACAGGCAUAGUGAAAAGGGAAGUAGACAGAUGACCUGUUUCCUGAUGAACUUGGGAUUUAAUAUUGCUUUAAGUCCACAAAGGCUGUCAUGGCAACACUGAUAUUCUGUUCAUGUAUUUUGCAUGGUAACAUAUGUGAUGUAUGAUGCUUAUCAAUGAUUCCCAUACUCCUAGCUUCUUAAUUAUACUGCUUGCUCACUGCAUAGCAGUUCAGAAUCAAAUAAAUAGUAUAGUUGAUGAUAAUAAUGAAAAUAAAAGGUCAUAAAAAUAGAGCCAAUAGCAACUCCUUUCUUCCUUAUGUCUGUAUAUACACAGCACUGUCAGGCACAUUACCUAUUCUGGUCCUUAAAAAACCCAAGAGGGUGUUAAGUAUUAUUUGUAUUUUACAAACAAGGGUACCACAAACUUAUAUAUGGCAGAGCUGAUACUCAAACUCAUGUCUCUGUUCCAAGAUUAUUGCUUUUUCUUCUCUAAACACUGCCCCUCAGCAAGUGCAAUUAGAAUUCACAAGUUUGCUUAUGUAAACACUGAAAUCUUAUCCCAUUUCUGUUUUAUAGCCUGGAUCCAAAAACAACAACAAAAAAUACCUUAAAAGUAUUUGGGAGCCAAACCCACUUAUUAUAAAUCUCAAAUCAUAGAGAUGAUCAACAGGCACAACCUAAUCUGUUGUAGGAAAAGAGGAUUUUGAGGCAGAUCUAGAAAUCUGCUUUUAGCUAUUCCGAAUGAGGAAGGCCAAAUAAAAUAGAUUACCAUCAAAUAAUUUUAUUUAAUAUUGGAUUUAAUACAUGAUUACAAUUCCUUCUGGGACUUUCACCCAAACUUGGUUCUGGUGACCCCAUUCCUUUAGAAGGUGGGAAACAUUUUAUUUUUAUGAACCCAGAGGGGGAAAAUAAGAAGUGGUUACUUCUGUAAACAAUAUAAUUGAAAUUAAUAAGGGUGCACGUGUGUGUGUGUGUGUGUGUGUGUGUG